UUUAAAAAUGGCUGCGCCCAUGAAAAUAAACAUGAACUCAAAGUCAUUUGAAGCUGAAAUGAAACUUUAAAUAUAUUUAUAGCUAAGUAAGAAAAUGGGGACAGACGUAAGCAAAGAUGCUAAAACUUCCAAAGAGCCACAAGGCCUGGGAUCAUUACGAACAACCUCAUUUUUCAGAGUGGUUAAUUUUGAGCUGUUUGCCAAGCAGAAUAAAUUUACAAUGUCUAUGGGUACAGUAAUGUUAAUUGGAUGUAUUUCAUAUAUUGUUUACAUGAAUGUGACAGACAGUAAAAAGAAGAAAAGUUAUGUGGCUAUAAACCCAGAUGGUACUUUAGAAAGUCGUGUGCGGACUUCAAAAUGGGAUUGACUGUUUAACCGAAAUCUGUAUUUACAUUUUAUAGGUGUUUUCAAGAGUUCAUUGUUUGCUAAUAAAAUUUUAACUUUUUAAAA